AUGGAAGUUGACAGUGGAGCAGCAGCACAGAUCCGCCGUGGGGCCCGCUUGGACGCCGCCGCCGGGCACAUCAGCGGGUGCGCCAGCAACUUCUUCGAUGGCGGUGGCGGCGGUGUCUACGGCAGCGGGCGCGUCCACUUCGUCGAGGUAGAGUCCAGCUUCGAGGUGGAUGCCGACGCGGAUGCUUGCUGCGGCGUCCCGGCUUCGCCUACCUUCCUCGCGCGUGGGGAAGAUGUGCGGCGGUCGAUACGAGGCAUGACCUCGAUACCCAUGGAAGGAUGUGUUUUGCUCCUGUCGGUCGAAGGCGCACUGGAGUGUGGAGGCAGACCCACGCGGAUGUGA